CUGAGUUGGUCUCGACAUGAAAAUUAUCAUAACCUUCUCUCACCGCCCAACUUAGAGCAUAAUAGAUGGCGAUAAUCUCAGCCUCAAGAGAAGAUGAAGCCACAAUGUCGAAGUUGGAUGCCUGAACAAUUAAGUUCUCCUUGCUGUUUCGAAGAAUAGCACCUCCUGCCGCAGUCUCAGAUAAGUAUUGAGCAUCAAUAUUCAAUUUCAUACCCUACUUAGGUUUACUCCACUUAAUCACCUUGAGAUUGCAUCCCCUUCUUCUGAAAUCUGGCCGAAUGAGCUUCUCGGUAUCCAAGAUAUUAUCUACUGAACGAAUGAGCUUCUUGGGGUUGCAUCCUCUCGUUUCUCUCCUCUCUUUAGCGACUCUUUCUCUGCUUUAUUUUUUUCGUUUCUUCUCAGUGCUCGGACGAACGGAGUCAUCGCAAUUUUCACCGGCUUCAAAUACGCUCCUCUCCCUUUCUUUUCCCUUGUUUUCUUUCUUCUACACCACUUCUAUCAAAUACAUCCCUUUUUUCUUUCAUCCUUUGAUAUCCUUACAAUUCUCCUCUACCAGAAAAGCCCAUGAAUGGCGUGAAGUUCCUCCAAAGACCAAUAGAAGAAAAGUCUCACUAUUCAGUUCCUCACUCACUUUUAAGGUGAUUUUAGGGUUUUAAAUAUCUACAUGUUUUAAUUUGAAAACGAAAAGAUUUUUCUCUUUUUCUGUUAAUACGAAUUAGUUUCAAUAGGUUUUAUUUUUUCUGAAUUUAUGCUUUCUUUGUGAAUUAAUGUUUAGGUUUGACUAUUAUAAUUGGUUAAAUUCACACUAAUAAUCCGUACUUUUAUCGAUUCAACAAGAAUAAUCCGUACCGAGUAAAUGUAUAGAAAUAAUCCAAACAAGUAAACAUAUUCACAAAAACAGAUUCAUAAUACGAAGAUAACGGUCGGGUUACGCUUCAUCUCUCCUCCCACGUUAGUAAUUGACGAGGGUCUAUAAACAUAACUAAUUUUGCAUCUUUUUGAUAAAUAAAAUCAACUAGGCAAAUCUGGAUUUCACAUAAAACAAUUCUGAAUUGAAAUCACUUUAAUCCUAAAUUCCUAAUACUUAUUUAAAAUCCAUUUAAUGAGAACGUACGCUCAAGAGAUUACUUGCGAAAUUCUUCUAAACACUUUCAAACUGUUCUUGUGGGCUAUUUAUAAUAUGAGAUAUCUCCACCACCUCUUGACUAUUUCAUUUCAGUUGUGUAUGAUCAUUCGAUAGAGGGAUAGAGGGAAUUAAGUUGGGAUAGAGGGAAGGAUUGUGCAAGGACAAAGAUACAAGAAAACUAUUUGGAUAUGUAUUCUGAUGAUGGAUUCCAUGCUCAGUUUUCUACUAUAAAACUCCGAAUGUUGAUGAUUUCGAAGAAGAGCUGUACGUAUAGAUUUAGGGUUUGCAUAACAAAUUAAAAAUAGGGGUAAAUCAGUAAAUGUUUAUAAUAUAGCAGAUGGAGUGAUGGAUAUGAUAAAAAGCUCUACAAAAAUUGAAACGCUAAAGAUAAAAUAGAAAUGAAGAUGGUGGAUUAGAGAAGAUUUUUUUUGGCUUGGAUGAAGAAGCUACUACGCAUACAUACAGCCAUUCAGGGAGUCAGGGAGAUGAAGAGAUAACGGAGAUUAUAACAGAGCCGUUAGUCCCGUAGACUUCCACCUAUUUUUGUGAAUAGGUUUAUGAGUUAAGAUUAUUUAUAUCAAUUUGCUUAGUACAGAUUAUUGGUGUAGAACGUGUAAAAGUACAGAUUAUUUAUAUGAAUUUUGCCAUUAUAAUUUCAGCUAUUAUACUUAUUUAUGUUUUCCGAUUUUAAGUAAAAUUUUACUCCGUAUAUGUUAUGAUGUUGAAUUCUUGACCACUUUGUUUCAUCAAUAUAUGGUUGUGAUGUUAAUUAUUGAAAUAUUAGUUUAACUAUUGUAUUUUAGUUUAUGCCCAUUACAUGUUUGUUGAAAAGAUUCCAUGAAUAUCUUGUUCACAUGUAAGGUUUUUGGGAAGUGCACUUAGUAAAUCGCUAAUUUUUUUACAGAUUCAUUGUACCCAUUUGAUGUUUUGUUAGUGUAUAAAGUAACUUUUAAGCAAGAGUAUAUCUUUGCUUUAAGAAUGUUAUAACUUAUAGUAGUAGUUUUUUUGAAAGGAUAACUUAUAAUGAACAAACAAGUACAUAUUUUCUUCAAAAUGUUUGAAAGUUAAACAUUGUGAUACAUCUAAAGUUUAUGCUCUCAUCAUUAAAGAUUUCCACUCUAUUCAAAUAAUCUCCAUGGUCAAGUAAACUCACUCUUUAUUGGUGUUAUGAGUUUUUAUGUAUACCUUGUUUAGUUUUAUUAUUUCAAAAUGCAGAUAACUCACAACAAUAUGAGUGUAGAGAAUCAGUACAGGUAUGUUAGAAUGUAGAGAAUUAACUGGAUAGUGCUGGGAGAUGGAGGAGCCUAUGUGACACAUGAAGAAUGUCAAAAGUGGUGAUCAUGGAAAUGGUUUGCUAGUAUAACUGGAUAGUGCUGGGAGAAAGGUUAAUGUACAACAUGUUUCAGAUGAAUCAACUAAAAAUCAUGUGAAAAUGCUAUUUGGGACGGACAAAGAAAGGUUGCAUUGGACGGUUGAGCAUUUUAUGUCAUUAGUUAUGGGCGUUUAAUGUGAUGUAAUGCAAGAAUGAGAGAUCAAAACACAUGAUAACCAAAUAUAUAGUUCUUGUAACUAAUUACUUUGUAAAGUUAAUGGUCUUGUAUUUAGAUUUAGGUGCAUUAAGAUUUGCUUUGGUUUUCAAUGAUGUACUUUAUAUGUUAUGAAAUUGAACAUGACUUUGAUAUUAUUGAAUUUCAAAUGUAAGUGUGUCUUAUAUAGUUCU